AUGAUGGAGUACGCGCAUUAUUCGCAACCGCCGCAAGGCCAGCAUAAUCAUACGCAGGCGCAUAUUCAAGGUGGAUAUCCAAAUUCUGGACAGCAUCCAAACUCCGGAGCUCCAAUUACUUCACCAUCUCAACAACAACCAGUCCAUUCGCAACAUGCCGUUCAACAAUCUCCAAUUCUUUCUUCGCAAUCGCAGCAAGGAGGUCCCAAUGCGGGACACAUGCAGCAGCACACGCUGGGAUAUCAACCAGCAUACGUACCGCAGAUGAACUUGCAAUAUGGAAACAAUCCGAUGAAUACCCAGGCAGCAGCGAUGGCAGCUACCAAUGCCGCAGUUGGUGGUAACUACCCUUAUAGUAUGCCGGACUCAAGCUUGCCGCAAACAUCGCCAAGAAUUGGUGCCGGUAUAAAUGUGAAGAAGGAAAGAGUACCGCGGUCACCAACACAGGCUGCCAUUAACAACCAAGUUGCUCAAAACCGACGUAUGAGUGUACAACAAGUUGGCAGUCCUGCUGUACCUAAUGCGCAACCUCUCAUGAAUCAUGGGCCUCGGUCAUCAAUUUCAGGACCUCCUAUGCCGGCACCUCCACCACACCCUCAAUCUCCCGAACUCGUUUCAGGAGCAGUUGAAGAGUCGCCUUUAUAUGUCAAUGCAAAACAAUUUCAUCGUAUUUUGAAGAGACGUGUUGCGAGACAAAGAUUAGAGGAGGCACUUCGACUGACUUCAAAGGGUAGAAAGCCAUAUUUACACGAGAGCAGACAUAAUCAUGCAAUGCGAAGACCCAGAGGUCCUGGUGGUCGAUUCUUGACUGCAGAUGAAGUUGCAGAAAUUGAGAGAACAAAGGGUGAUGGUGGAGAUGAAAAUGACAAACCAUUAGAAACCCCGGCUAAGAGUGUCUCUAGUGUGAGUGCCAGUUCGGGAACUAAGCGAAAGGCCGACUCUGACAAUCACACUCCUACUAAGAAACCUAAAUUAGUCGCUGCAGCUAGAAGCAGUGCUGAGGAAGAUGAUGAAGAUGAAGAUGAUGCAGAAGAUGAUGGAUGA